GAGGCCGGCGUAGGUCUAAAGUACGCGAAACCACUCCCUCUCGCUCCCUCCUAUCACGCACAAUCUCUCCGACUCAGUGUUUUCCGCGGAUAGCCAGUUUACAUAUCUUUCUCUGAAAAGGAAAAAGGCCAUCGAAAUAUCAUCGCAAAAUAUUAAAAGUUUUCCCGGAAACCGAUUUGCUUACCGAUCGACACCAGCAACUGAUUGGGAACACAGAGAUAGACACGAUGGUGCUGAAGUCGGAAGACGGAGUCGUGCCCAACGACCUCACUCCAGAGGAGCAGCAGGAGCUGGAAAACAUCCGCCGGCGCAAGCUGGAGCUGCUGGAGGACAUUCAGCGCCUGAAGGAUGAGAUAGCAGAGGUGACUAAUGAGAUCGAGAACUUGGGCUCCACAGAGGAGAGGAAAAACAUGCAGAGGAACAAACAGGUGGCCAUGGGCCGGAAGAAAUUCAACAUGGACCCCAAAAAGGGGAUCCAGUUCCUGAUUGAGAACGACCUGCUGAAGAACACCUGUGAGGACAUCGCCCAGUUCCUCUACAAGGGGGAGGGGCUUAACAAGACAGCCAUCGGGGACUACCUGGGAGAGAGAGACGAAUUCAACAUCAAGGUUCUGCACGCCUUUGUGGAGCUUCAUGAGUUCACAGACCUGAACCUGGUGCAGGCCCUCAGGCAGUUCCUGUGGAGUUUUCGGUUGCCGGGGGAGGCGCAGAAGAUUGACCGCAUGAUGGAGGCCUUUGCCCAGCGCUACUGCCAGUGUAACAACGAAGUCUUCCAGUCCACAGAUACCUGCUACAUCCUGUCCUUCGCCAUCAUCAUGCUGAACACCAGCCUGCACAACCCCAAUGUGAAGGACAAGCCCACUGUGGAGCGCUUCAUCUCCAUGAACCGCGGCAUCAACGACGGGGGAGACCUGCCCGAGGAGCUCCUGAGGAAUCUGUAUGAGAGCAUCAAGAACGAACCUUUCAAGAUCCCAGAGGAUGACGGGAACGACCUCACACACACAUUCUUCAACCCUGACCGUGAGGGCUGGCUCCUCAAACUGGGAGGUGGACGGGUGAAAACCUGGAAAAGGAGGUGGUUCAUUCUCACGGACAACUGCCUUUACUACUUCGAGUACACCACCGAUAAGGAGCCCAGAGGGAUUAUUCCCCUGGAGAACCUGAGUAUCCGUGAGGUGGAGGACAAGAAACCGAACUGUUUUGAGCUCUUCAUCCCUGAUAACAAGGACCAGGUGAUCAAGGCCUGCAAGACGGAGGCGGACGGACGCGUGGUGGAGGGAAACCACACCUUCUACCGCAUCUCUGCCCCCACUGCCGAGGAGAAGGACGAGUGGAUCAACAGCAUCAAGGCGGCCAUUAGCAGAGACCCGUUCUACGAGAUGCUGGCGGCGCGGAAGAAGAAGGUGUCCUCCAUGAAGAGGCACUAGUCCCCCCUCAGGACCACUCCUUCGCACCCGGGACACAGGGAGCGCGUGGAUCUGCUCAUCCUUGGGGCAGAGGACCUCUGUUCUCACGUGGGACAAGAAGGGGGUUGUGGGGAGGGACGGGGGUCUACUCUCUCUCUGGGUUUUGGCAGGGUUUCUUUCUCUGGGACAGCUGGAACUGUGGGGUUGGGAACACGGCCAGGGAGCAGGGAGCAGAGAGCAUGCUGGGAGAUCCGUUCUCUUGAGCUUCUGUCUCCUUAUGCCUGGAUGCUGGACCCCCCCAAAAGCAAUCAACCCCCCCAUUUCUCAGUACAUCCCCUGCUAUCGUUUAAAUAGUCCCUGUCUCCCUGUCACACUUAGCCAAAUGCGUACACACACACACACACACACACACACAUACACACACACACACACACACACACACACGAACAUACAUACUUCUCUCUCUCUUAACUCAGCGGGUCUGACUGAAUGUGGUAUACCAACCAAAAUUUUCUAACUUGCUUAUAAAGAAAAAAUAUUAUUUGUAGACAUGCUUGUUUGCUUUAAUGUACAGGCUGCAGACACACUGGUCACAAGCAUCUCUUCUACAGCAUGUGCUGUAUUCUCUCUUCAGGAGCGUGGUUCUGUUUCAUUUUGGAAGAAAUUCAGACAGUUAGUUACUAAGGGGUUCUGUUGAAAACCCUCUGCAGGUGUUUUUUGUAAAAAAAGAAAAAAAAAAGGAAAAAAAAGCUUUUUAGGGUAGUUUCUCUGCUGUUGAAGCUGCCUCACUGGAGAUUGUUUUGGCUGGACUGACGUGUGAAGCCAUGUUCCUCAGCGAUAUUCAGCGGUCAUGAUGGCCAGGAAAAAAAAAAGCGCUUUUGUGCUUCAGUGGGAACACCCCCCCCC